CCUCCAUUAAUCAAAGUUUCGACACUCGUCUUAAUUUGAUAACUCACAAGCGUUUAGUUGAACAGUUAACAAUGGCUUUUGGCAGCAAAAUUCAAGAGCUGAAUUUGACACGAGAUGAAAUGAAUCGAUUCGGCGAAGCUUUAAAAAACGAAUCGUUCCGCGCGUUACUGAAUGAAUAUGCCGCAGAAAUAUCCAACCCUGAAAACAAGAGACAAUAUGAAGAAGAAAUUAAACAGCUGGAGGAGGAAAGAGGCAUGAAUGUGCAGUUUAUUCACCCUGAAUCUCAUCAUGUGUUGAAGACGAGCAGCGCUCACGGGAAAACAUUCAUCAAUAUUUGUUCCAAUCAACUGAUCGAUAAACCGUCAUGCGCCGCCGCCACAGACACCGACGGUAAAACGGGAUAUAACUGGUCGUUACCGUACAGUCUGACACCCGGGAGACCGGACAGAGAUGCUAAAGGAAACACGUGUGUGAUAUAUGAUGUAGUUUAUCAUCCAGACGCGAUUCACAUGGCAGAAAACAACCGCAGAUUUAUGAACCUGAUCAACAGCACAGCCAUCAGAGGAAUCGAAGAUUCAUUUCAGAUUAAACUCAACCGGAACACAAAACAACUGCAAAUGAGAUAUAAAGGAAUUCCACAUCCAGCUGUGAUCCGCAGACCGAUACCUGCACAUGUGGAGAAGAGCUCAGGUGAGGAGGGACUGUCAUUUCCAUAUCCGGAUCAGACCGGACCCAAACCAGAUCAAACUGGUGCAAAACCAGAUCAGACCAAACCAAAUCAGACCGAACUCAAACCAGAUCAGACCGGACUCAAACCAGAUCAGACCGGACCCAAACCAGAUCAACACAGAUGUUCAUUGUCCAAACAGCCCACAAUCCCACACUACACCCUCAAAUACAGAUCAGUGCUGGAUCUACAGGAGUGCUCCAGCGCUCGACCCAAACACAUCAUCAUCAUCAUCGAUUUACCGCUUCUCAGAUCUGCUCAUGAUGUUGAUGUCCAUGUGACGGAGAGACGACUCGUCCUGGAAUCUCAAACACCAUCAUAUAAACUGGAUCUGCUGCUCUCGUAUCCUGUGGAUGAAGAUAAAGGAGAUGCAAAGUUCAACAAGACUAACAAACAGCUGACCAUCACACUUCCUGUUGUAGCGGUGAAGAACCCUGAAAUAUCUCAGAUCAGACGUGAUGAUGAUGAUGAAGAAAAGCCUCAUGAGGACACAGAGAGACCUUGUGAGACGGGUCACACACAAUCAAACACGCAUGAUUCAGCAUCAGUCACAUGUGCUGUUAGUGAACUGGACCGAUCUGAACCUCAAUUAAUCAACUUACUGAAAGAAACACACACAACUGAUACAGGCGACGAUGUAUUGAUCAACCCGACAGUGAUCAGAACAGAACCAGAGGAAUCGGAUCAUUUCCAUCAUACAUGUGCUCCAGAAAUCCAGAACAUGGAAACAGAGGAAGAUCCUUCCGACAUUGACACCAAUCCUCAGGAGAUGUCUGUCAGUGACUCUCAAAUCCACACCAGCGGGACACCAGACGCUCAUAACACCUCCGACGGAGAACAGGAAACUGAACCGCACACUGACGAGCGUCCUGGAGCAUUCUCACAUGAAGAUGAGCAGAAAUAUCCAGUGAUGUCAUCGUAUGAGCAACUGAAGGAGUCCAAACGCUUCUCAGAAGAGUCCAGUGCUGCAUCCCAACACGACCAGUCCGACAGGAGCGCCACUUCAGUGGAGGAAACUGGAGUCUCAUCGACGGAUCCAGCAGAUACUUCCGAUCCUCUGCCUGAGAUUCUGAGAGAGACCGAUCCAGACGACAGAGAACUGAUCGUUUGUGAUCACAACAUCUGUUUCCAGAACACUCUAUGCUUUGAUUUGGACUAAAAGUCAAGUGAAGUUUUAUUCUGAGAUUUAUGAAUCAUUACGUUACAUUGAAG